AUGCCAGCUGACAUGAUGGAGAAAAACUCUUCUUCCCCUGUGGCUGCCACCCCAGCCAGCAUGACAUCUACUCCGGAUAAACCCAAAACUGCUUCUGAGCACAGAAAGUCAUCCAAACCCAUCAUGGAGAAAAGGAGAAGAGCCAGAAUUAAUGAGAGCCUGAGCCAACUGAAAACCCUCAUUCUGGAUGCCUUGAAGAAAGAUAGCUCCAGGCACUCGAAGCUGGAGAAGGCUGAUAUUUUGGAGAUGACAGUGAAGCACCUCCGGAACUUGCAGAGAGUUCAGAUGACUGCUGCUCUCAGCACAGACCCCACUGUUCUGGGCAAAUACAGAGCUGGAUUCAGCGAGUGCAUGAACGAAGUCACCCGAUUCCUGUCUACUUGUGAAGGAGUCAACACCGACGUCCGGACCCGACUCCUGGGACAUCUAGCCAACUGCAUGAAUCAGAUCAAUGCCAUGAAUUACCCUGCCCAGCCCCAAAUUGGCCAGCCGUUGGUCCAGCUUCCUGCAAGCGGCCCGCAGAGCAGUCCCGCUCCCAUGGGUGGGGUUUCCUGCAAGAAGGGUGGCCCGCCAGUAGAAAAUGCCAAGGUCUAUGGUGGCUUUCAGCUAGUGCCAGCUUCAGAUGGACAAUUUGCCUUUCUUAUCACCAAUCCAGCCUUCCCACACAACGGACCUGUCAUCCCUGUCUACACAAACUCCAGUGUGAGCAAUGGAGUGCCAGCUGCCAUGUCUCCUUCCAUCAUGCCAUCAGUCACUGCAGACUCUGUAUGGAGACCCUGGUAA